AUGCAAGUGAGAGAGCAACACCAUGAGGAAACUUCAUCUUCUGAAGAAGAAAUGAGUCCAAAUGGACAACAAAAUGGAGCCAGUGGGAGUAGAAGCUCUAGCUCUCAAGGAAGUAGAACUACAGCCAGUCAGAGAAGCAAUGCCAGUUUAGCAGGAAUACCACUUGUGUUUGUUUUUGCACCGACAAAUGAAUGGAUCUCACAAAGUAAUGAAGAAAUAAUUAAAGCUACCAUGAAGAAACUCGCCAAACUAUUUCCCGAAGAGAUCUUGGUUGAUCAGAGCAAAGCCAAAAUAUUGAAAUACAAUACAGUCAAAGCUCCUAGGUCAUCAAAUAAAUAA